UUUUGAGUGAUUAUUAUUAAUUUGAUAAGACCAAAAAAGUUAAAGAAACUUAUAUUUUGCUGCAUUUGAAGAAGACUUUACGUACGAAUCGGGUUGGUAUAAUUAGGGAUUUUGUUUCUUCAUCCUUUCUAUGAAUUUAAAGUAGAAUUUUAUAAGAUCAAAACUGUUGUUUUUGUUGUUGUUGCGGCGGGUGUACGCCUUCUACAUUUUAUAAUUUAAUAUAUUAUAUAAUUUUGUUCUGCAAAUCGGUCGGAAUUGGACAUCAUAACACAACAUUGCUAGUCAUGUGCAUGUAGCCAGAAACGUCGAAACCAAACAACAUCUUUGACAGGAGAAUAAUUAUAUUCAUCAUAUCAUAUUUUAUCAUAAACAUUGUAAAUUUUUUGUUACUCGUAUAUAAUAUAUUAAAAGAAAUAAUUACAAUUUUGUUAAAUGUUAAAAGCUACAAGUUUCCAAUUGACUAGUCUGGCAACAUCGCCCUUUUGUUAUAUUUUGAUUUGUCUCCUUUCGAUUCUCACUCAAUACUCUUGCACUCAAUUUUGCUUUUAUGGCUUCUCUUUAACAUAUAAAUAAAGGGAGCGGCGUUUGCACAUUGUUGUUGUUGGUACACACUUAAAUGUAACAGCCCCAAGCAUCAUCCGCAUUUGUUGUUCUUACUAUUUACAAACCCACGGCUGGCGUUUUUAACUUCUUUGCAUUUUUUGUUAUUGUAUUUAUUACUGCUUUGGUUUUACUUUGCAUUUGCUCAUUUGUAUUUGUUAUUGUUGGAGCAGCAGCUGCUUUGCUAGCACCAGCAGGCACCAGCACCAGCACCGAUGAGUAGUCAAGUUGGCUUUGUAGGAAAUCGAGUUAAGUUCGAAUGAUGCGAGUGAUUGGAACGGUUGUGUCAGCGGUUUAGCACGGAUUCUCGUCGUCUUAUUGCGUCCAGUGAAUAGCGUGUUACAGAAGCGUGUGGCUAAUUGGAAACGUGAAAAAGUAGUGCCGCAAUUUGUGUGUUAUUAUUAAUAUGAAAUUAUUUAAAUACGGGAAAAAUAAUUGCGAAACGGUUGAAGUGCCGAAGGGAGGCUGUGUCGCGUAUAACUCAAUAUAGGGCAGCCAAAAGAAGGAAACAGAACAACAGUGCUUGCCAGGAAGCAAACGUGUUUGUUGUGUUAUCUGUGUAAAUAAUUAAAAUUCUUUUGGAAUUGCCACUUGUAUAGUGUUGAAUUAUUGUUUUUUUUUGUGUGUGUGUUUGUUUGCGUUACUUGUGUGCGAAUUGUAUCAUCGCCGUGUUUGCUGACAUUCGCUCAACGCUCAACAUUUCACAGCUGUUUUGCAUUUAAUAAUAAUUACAAUGUGGUUUGCAUUUGAAUUGUGCAAGUGAAGUGACUAUAAAAAUAUGAAAAUAAUUUGAAAGUGUUGCAAAAAAAGCAAAUGUAUGUAUGUGGAAGCAUAUAGACAACAACAAUUACAAACCAAUCACGCCAAGCGUAUCAGCAACAAAUAAAUUGAUGAUGAAUAAUCACAAAAGCCAAAUAAGUUAAUAAGAAAUAAUAUAUACAAUAAAUAAAUAAAAAUAAAAACAUACGAAGCGUAUACGAAUGCGCAGGAGCAACGUAAUAGGAAACCGGUUUACUAAGAACAACAGUGCUUAACAUUAGCAACAGCAAAGAAUAUAAUAAAUUGUAAAUAAAUAAAAUCAAAGAUAAUACGCUAAGUCGAACGAAGCAUCCGAGGCACAGUGACCAAUGCGCGUUUGAGGAAGUAUAAACGCAAAAGCCGAACGACAAAAGCCAAAAAGGGUAACCAAAACGUCUGCUCUGCAAACUAGUAAAUAAAGGUACCUACCAACAUACAUAUGUAUGCACAUAAGCAGUAAGCUAAAAGCAAAAAGUUCGCAUCCGUUGCACUCUAUCCACACGGCUCAAACAACUACUCGAUAAUUCAGUUGUGGCUUACUAUAAGUGCUUUUGUUUUAUUGGUGUCUUGUGGUGAUUAUCCCGCUAUCUGCUUUGGUUACACAUUCGACGUAGCCUCAAGAUUUCCGGGUCUUCACUGCGUGUGCCGCUUGCAACUGCGCUGUUAUGCCGUGCUGUUCCCCAAUAUUUUUUCAGUGCUCAUUUUGUUAAGAUCAUUUUGUUGUAGUGGACGCAGCCACCACUAUUCAUAAACGUUCUCCCGCUGCUGCAACUUAUUUUCCUACACUUAAUUACGCUUAGCGUUUGUAUACUGUGCGAGCGUGUUUCGCGUGUGUGUAGUAACCGGUCAGUUGGAGCCGCAGGGCUAAAAACUAUAGCUGCAAAAACAACAACAAAAUUAAGCAUAAUAACAACUACAAGAAGUACUGCAAGCGUUCGGCGAAUAUAGAAUGGCAAGAUUUUUGUGUAGAAGGCAGUGACCUCUCUAAAGUGAAGGAGAUAAGCGCGAUUGAAAAUACACACACAUACAUACGAAUACAUAUCUACACAUAUAUUCAAAAUUUUGGCUAGUUUCGUGAAAGACAACUGUGUAAUCGUUUCUGCACACUUUUACUUUCAAACAAUUUUUAUAAAGCAAUGUGAAAUCAAAAAAAAAUUGACGACACAAAGGAAAUAAACCGUGCAAUAGCAUUUACCCCGCACAGUCGUAGAGGUGCGAGGAGAAAUAGCGCAUUUUUACAAGUUUUCGCGUUUAUGUGCCUCGAAUCGAUUUGAAAAUCGACUGACUGGUGUACGAGUUAACGAAAUCGCCAACAGGAAAAAAAUACGAGCAGACGCCACAGCAUGUCCGCCAGUCUAAUGUCAUGUGUUCGGGAGAACUCCCCACCGUUAGAUAUUGUGGAUGGAGCUAACUGUAGUAGUACAACGGGUCCAAUGUCAUUGCCCGAUUGUCAUAUGACUACAAUGUCGACAGCUAAACAACAACAACAACAACUCACAUCAACACCACUAUCAGCGCCAAAAAUGAAUGAGAGUAGUAGCAACGGUGGUGGCGGCGCAGGUGGAGGAGGUGAUGGAACAACGCAAACUACUGAACCGAAACGUCGCCGCUUUCAUCCGCUGCGCAAUCUCCGACGCAUAUUUCGUCGACGUACGAUCACCAACGUACCGGACACACCGCCGAGCGUCAACACAACCAACACAUUGCCACCGCCCACCAGCAGCACCAGUGAAAAGAAUCUGCGCAGCGCUACACUCUCCUCCAUCUCGUCCGCGGUGUCGGCCUCAUCACCCUCCUCACCAUUAACCCACCAACAACUGCAGGACGCCUACUCAUCACAAUCGCUGCCCAAAUCGAAAUCGUAUUCGAUUAGUGGCUGUGGUGGUGCAGUUGGUGUUGGUGUUGUUGCCGCUGGCCAUAGUGGUGGUAAUAAGUCCACACCGCAUAGAGAUGUCCUGUUGGCACAGGUAUUAGGUGGUGGUGGUAAACACAAACAACAACAACAUAAUAAUAAUAAACAACAAUUACAAGAACAAUUGGAAGAAGAUAACGACAUGUAUACAACACACGCCACACACAGCACAACAUCAGCACUGUAUCAUCAUCAUCAGCAUCAACAGGUGGGCAGCAGCGGUGGUGUGCUCUUCCAGCCGCCACACUCGGUGCGGCAAUCGCUGGGCGUGGCCGUGCUGCCUAGCGCCAUAAAUCGCAGCUUUUACGCUGAGCGCCAGAAGUUGCGCAGCAUCGGCGACUCGUCGCAGGAGUUGGAUAGCAGCGGCAAUGAUAGCGGCAGCGCCAACAACACGGCGAGCGGCAGCGCGAACGGCGGUGGACGGUCGAAUGGCUGUGCGAACAGUGAGAUGACGGACAGUCAGCGUAGCCUUAGCGAAGGGCGCUUGGUGGACAGCGACUACGGUCACGAUCCACUCUCUCAAUCACACGACAGCGUAUUUUCCGAAUCGGCAUCAGCGAGUCUAUUCUCCAACAGAGACUAUCAGGCUGAGCUCUCCGAUGUGCUGCGCAAACGCAAUCGUCAUCGUCAGGAUGCUUCCGAAGAAGAUUUGGGACUGCCACGCAGUCCAGCUUCACCACAACGGCGCGUUGAACGCACGACACAACGCACUCAACACGCCAACAGCAAGCACACAACUACAGCCACAUCUUCUACCGCCACCACGACUGGCGGCAAUCACAGUGAGGUGUCCUCGUUGAGUUUGCUGAGCAUGAAUAGUGGUGAUGGCGAUGAGCUAUUCACCGCAUCCACCGCAAAUAAUUCCACAAUUAGCACCAAAGAAUUUUUGCAGGAACGUUCGAUGACAACAACAUCCUCUACGGUAAGUGGACGUAGCAUAACUCGCUCUUCCACUGUGUCGGCCACAUCGGUGUCCUCGGAGAUUUAUCGACACUCGUCGAGCGGCAGUUUGGCAAGCGACACGAACAGAGACGAACCGGAUUUGUUGGGUGCGAAGUGUCAACGUCUUUCACAUUCGGCCGCCAAGCAUAAAAUGGCUUUACGUCCGGCUAAGAAGAAGGGACCGAGUCGUCUGCACCGGCGUACGCUGGAGACCUCAAUACCGGAAGCCAAUGAAGAUAGCCUGAGGUUGGCUAGUAACCAUAUGCUGGACAUAGCAGAACACGACAUCAAAGCCAAAACACGCUCUCUACCGCCUAGCGUCAAUACUAAAGUAUUAGAUCAACAUGCUAUUGAACCGAAAAAUGUGGCAUCACCUUCGAAAUCGAAAACGAAAUCUUCAAAUGCCAGCAAUGAGCAAACAAUAAACGUUAAACGCUCGAAAAUCGAGAAACAUGAAAAAAGUAAUGAUGGUGGCAAACUCACCACUAACAAAACAACAAUCCCCACCUCUAGCAGCAGCAGCAGCAGCGGUUCCAUAUCGGCUGCCACCAAUCUAUUUGGCUUGCGCACGUUAACAGCGAAAGCAACGGCGCUCUUUGAGCCACCACAGGAGUCGUCUACCGAUCCAACACCCAGUGAGCAGGAGUUGAAGAGAGAGAAAGAACGCGAGAAACUCAAGGAGAAGGAGAAAAUGAAGGAGAAGGAUGCCACAAGCUCACAAAUGGACACCGCAGAAAGUGGCUUCCUACGACGACUCAUACAACGCAAUUCGAAGCGUUCCGCCUCGCGCAACAACAACAGUAGCAGCAACACUCAGAACAGCGUACCGCCCGAAGAGGAAAAAAUGGUUGUAAGCCAAAGCGAAACGGAUGCCAAAUCUAAAAUGCAUGUCUCCACUUCAUGUUUGGAUAUGAAGCCGACACCCGACUCCAGUUUGACCAAAUUAGAUAAAUCACGUAGCGCUUUGAGUUACGAACAAAAUAUUGAGGAGACACGUAAGGAUAUUAAACGCGAAAUUAUGUCUGUCGGCAGCACCGGUUUAAAUGCCAUGCUGAACGCACAUAAUUUGACAGCACACAAUAACAGCAUCAGCAGCAUAAAGGAUGCCGUCGCAGCAACCACGCCACCGAAACCGAAAUCGGGCGCGGCAGCACGCCAACGCUAUAUGCCGCAGGACAUCGGCUCGCUGGAACGCAAGGUGACAACAAGCACCAAUAUGACAGCGAACGACUCGUAUGCCAGCAGCACGAGCAGUCUACUCUCCAAAUGCUCACAGCAAGAGAUAUUCCAAUCCACUUCGAUUAUACGUGAAAUUACCGCCUCGCAAACGUCCAGUGUCAAUUCGUUGAGCAGCGUAAGCAAAUUGUCCGAGCAUCACUACGAAAAGAAACCGAAAAUAGUUGGACUCAGCGCUUUUCAGCAGAAGAUCUCACGCUCCAACGAUUCGGUGGUACGCUACGCCGCCAGCAAUGGCAGUAACGCGCACUCCACCAACUCGCUGGACGCCGCUGACGAAACGCACGCGUUCAGCAGUCAAGAACAGAAGCAACGUAAAGUUGUGGAGAAAUCGCGCAGUUUUCGUACAUACCAAGAGGAGGCGUACGCCACGCCCACCGCGAUGCACAACAACAUGCCCAGUUUGCCCGAUUUGACGUUGAAUUUGCGCGUGCCCUACAAUGAUUACACACAGAACGCCAAGGAUAAUGCCGACACUGGCGCUUCGGGUAUAGAAACGCAGGGCGAUAAGGCGACGCGCGCCACCACACCGCUCACAGCGUCUGCAGGCAAUUUAACUGCUACGAGCAGCAGUUAUAAUUUUACAAAAAAUAUUGCGGUAAAGAGUUCGCCAACCAAAAUGGUCGCGCCCACGCCGAACAGCGCAAGCGCGCAAGACGAAUCCAACAACGGUAAUUUACUUGUAAAAUCACCAUUCAUCAACGUAUUGCGCAAACCAACGAGCACCACCAGUUUGGAGGAGAAACCUGUUGUGGUUACUGUGAGCGCCGCCAGCAGCAAUCGAAAAUCUGUUGAGCAGAUUAACGCGCCCAAGGCAUUGCCCAUUUCGCUCAUCACUGUGGUGCCGCCAAGAGCAGAAGUGUUGAAGGCCGAGCAGCAGCUGCGUCCGAAAGUCUUGCAUUUGCGGGAUUCGAAUGCGAGCCUUGACACGUCCACCUCCACGGACGACCUGAAGCUUACACCCACUACAGCGGCGGUGCCGUUGCGCGAAAAGGCCAAGCUGAAGACUAACGUUGCGGUGGCUAAUGUACGUAAUUCCAUGGAUAUUUUAGCAGCAAAUGCCAAAGAUGUGGAGCGCAAGUCAGCGCCAGCACAGGUGGUGCAGAGCGCCAAGACGCAAAGCGUCAAGACGACGCGCCGCAGCACUAGCUUGUUGGACAGCCCGCCAGCGCAAAACCAAAAUGGUAAUGAGGAGCGCGGCGGCGCAAUAAAGUUGCAUGAAUCAACAAGCGGCAGCAGCACGCCAAACGAAGAUGGCGUGCCGGAGUUCAUGCGCAUACAGUUGAAUCGCGUUGAUCCUGCGCGCAUUGCUAAGAGCGCAAAUGUGGUGCUGGCCAAAAAUGUGCGCGAAGUACAAGCGCCAACUCAACAACAACAAUCAGAACCACAGCAGGUGCAACAAGAGAAGCCGCAGCAGCAGAAACAGCAACAACAAGUGUCCAAAGGGGCGAACAACGAGCGCAAUACUAAUUUGGAAGAGCUCAGCUUGCACCGCUUAAGUAACGAGAGUGUGGAGAUUAUCGAGAAGCCCUCACCCAAAGAAGCCGACAAGCAGAAACCUAUAUUUGAUAUGAGCCAAAAUCAGAGCAGCAGUAACAAUAACAUUAAAUCGCCAACUAAAAUGCAUUUGGUUGUAAGCGCGCUGCCGCCAAGAAGUCCUGUGAAGAAACAACAAGCGAUUGUUACGCUUUCACCAACAACACCAACAACGCCGACAACCGACGUCGAUGAAAGCCCUUUGCUGCGCAUGAAAACGCCAGAUACGCCAGUCGACGCGGCAACGCUGAGCAGCAAGAAAUUAUCAUUGCAAGAGCGCAAGCGUUUAUUUAUGAGCGAGGAGAAAUUGAAGACGGACAAACGCAUUGAAGAGUUGCGCAAUGAGCGCAAAAAGUCCAUUACAGAAGAAGUCUAUCGCAAAUCAUUUGCCAAAUCGGAGGAGAAAUUAGAGACAAGCGAAAAAGCAGCAUGCGACAAUGUGGUGAUGAUGCGCAAGAAGUCCUUUUGCGCCACCACGCAAGCGUGCGCGCCAACCAACGGCAAUCGCGAUGAUGCAACGCCGGAACUGAUGAAAGUUUUCGCGCGGCGUUCAUUGAAAAUUAAAGAUGAGGACAUCAAUGCGCUUGCCGACAAAAUACACGUCAGCGGCAGCGUUAGCGGUAGCGGCAGCAGCGCAAAGAAAUUCGUUGCGACACAGCAGAAUGUCGACAGCGACAAAGAGAAUCAGUCGGCGAGCGAGGAGAAACUCGACAAGUUGCCCAAAUUGGAGGCGUCACUUGAACUACAGAACGGCAAAUUGACGAAUGGUGUCAAUAAUCGCAAUUCGCUAGCAGAUUUCCGCACGAAAAGCGUUGUUGGCGGCGCGCCGCAUACGAAUGGCUUAAGCGUGAAUAACAACAAUAAUAAUAAUAACAACAACAGUCACACUGCCGCAAAUAACAGUAAUAACAGCACCACCGGCGCACAUAGCGUUAACAAUACCACCGUCAACAAUGUCAACAACAGCAACAAUAGCAUCAGCGGCGGCGGUGGCGUCAACAAUCGCAGCUUCCAGCCGCCCAUCAAAGUCGCCGGCUUUCGCGCCACACCCAUCGAGCGCAAUAACAGCGUUAGUAAAAUCUUUCCGACCACUGCGUGUGAAACUCUAAACAACAACAAUAAUAAUAAUAGCAACAACAACAAUUUAAAUAAUAACAAUCACCAUCAGCAACAUCAGCAGCAAAAUGGCAAAGCACACGAGCGGCAAUCGUUGAAUAUUAAAGCGCUUGAGAGCAACAGCAGCGGCAGCAGUAGCAGCAUGAAUAGUUCGACAAGCAACAGCAGCGCGCUUAGCAAAACAAUUGAGCGCUCGGCAACGGUUAGCGAAUUUAAGGGUAUACAUCAGCGGCGCGCCGAAUGGGAGCAACGCGCCAAGGAGGCGCUGAAGUAAGCGUAGAAAACGGAAUGGAAUCACGCUUAGAAGCAGUGUUGCUUAGGCAGCAACUGAGGCGGCGCACGAACUGUACGAAUGGGAAAAAUUUGACAGUGACUUGGCGCAUGCGCAUGUUUUCGAGCUUGUUUGCAUUUUCUGCAGCGUUUAAGAACUAAGUUUUAAUGCAUCUUUCUUUUUCAAACAAAAUUAUGCCGUAAAGUUGUAAAUGUUACUAACAAAAUCUAAUAUAAGCAAAGAAAAAAUACUAAAAUGCUAAGAAAUAUGUAUGAAAUUUUCUAAGUGGUCAUUGGUGAGUUGCGAGGUAAGCAAAAGCAGUGAGAAAGGUGAAAAAGUGCGAGCGUAAGGCGUGGUCAACUCUUAAAUUGCAAAAUUAGGAAAGUUACUCGAGCAUAUAUUUAAAUGUAAAUGUUUAGACGUGAAAAUCGUGUUGAAAAUUAUUGAAAUGAGCAACAGUUAUUGAGAAAGCGCUUAGACAGAUGUGCGUGCGGGAACAGUAUAGUGUUGUUAGAACAUAGUGAAAUUAGCUUAGCAUACAGUGAAAUAGUGUUACGGAUAGCGAAAUCAUUGCAGGUUGAUCGAAUUUAUUUUUGAAAUUUUAAUUUCGAAUUUUCAUAGAAUUUUUAUUUAUACACUUCUUUCCACGUAAUAGAUUUUUGACUAAAAAAUUAUAAUCUCAAAAUUUUAUUUAUAGUUUUUUUCUUUUUAGUAUGGUAGAUUCUUGACUAAACAUUUUUAAUUUCGACUUUUAUAGAUUCUUGUUUUUGUAAUAGAUGUUUGAAUAAAAAAAAUUUAAACUCAAAAUUUAUAGAUUUUUUUCUUCGUAGUCUGCUAGAUUUUUGAAUAAAAAUUUCAAUUUCGAAUUUUUAUAGAAUGUUUUUUUACCAAAAAAUUGUGUCGUUUUGAAAUUUAUUUUUGGAAAACUUAUAAAAUUUUGCAGUAUUAUGUAAGACCUGCAAUGAGCUUUAAGGAUAUUUCUGUUCAUCAAAACAACAAAAAAUGUUUUAUUAAUGGUUUUUCAUAUAUCUGCAGACUUAAUACACAUUUUUAACCUCAAAAUUUAAGAAUUGUAGCGGAACCAAACAAACAUCUAAAACUCAAACAUAAAAAACUAAAAUAAAAAAUUUACUGGAAAAUUUUAAAAUUUUCUUCGAAAGUAAUAAAUUGUAAAACCCACAAAUUUAUAAAAACAUCAUUUACUGAUAAAAUGUAUGUAAUAUUGACCAUUUUAAAAUAAUCGUGCAAAAUUUUUGAAAUAUUAUGUAAACUCAAAGAAAGGCUUUCCGUCAAAAAAUCAUUACAAAAUUUCAUCUUAUAUUUUCCCACUCAAAUUGCCGUCAAAGAAAUUUAAAAAAAUUAUUUAAAAAGAAUUUUGCGUUUCCAAGUUGUUUAAAAUUAUUUUUCCUAUUGUUAUACAAAAAAAAAAAAUCAAAAUAAAAUUAUACAUCUCUUCAUUUUUUAAAAUUUUUUUUUCUUAUUUUUAAUAAAAAAAAAAAACAAUUUUUAUAAAAUUAUAGAUUUUACAAUUUUUUUUUUUGCAUUACCAGCAGUAGUAUUAAAUUUCGAUGUCUCUAUCAAACCUAUCUAAAUGCGAUUCAAAAUCGAGUAUACUAUUACAUAUACAUACAUAUAUACAUACAUAUGUAGUUAUAGAAUCAAUGAAUGUGUUAGUAGCAAACAAAGUGCUUUUUUAGAAGCUUUAGCAAAGGGUGUUAGAUUGUGUAGUUGUAAUAGAGUAAAUAUGUGGAAAAAUUAAAAACAAUUAUUUUCAUAAAAAAUUAUAUAUAUUUUUUCAAAACUUCUUGAUUUAAUAUUUUUAAAUAAAUAUUUUUUUAUUUUAAUAUUACUUUAUUAACAGAAAAUAUAAGUUUUGCUUACUAUUGUUGCACCCUGUACAUGCGAGGAAUUGUAAUUAAAAUUUAUUUUUUGUUUAAAGAAAGUUUCGUUGCACUUUGCAAGUGUAAGUUUUUAAUUUUUUGAAUAAAUACGAAAAUCUUGCAUUUGUAUUGUUGCCACUUUUUGAAUUUAUUUUGAAAAGUAUUAAUCGAGUAACAAAACAUUACGUUAAAGUACGAGUAAAAUUCGCACACCUUUUGUAUUACCUUUUAUUAUAUUUUUUUUAUAGUUUUUUUGUACCCUAAAUUUUUGUUAAAAAAUAUUAUAAAAAAUUACUAUACAAAAUUAUUAUAAAAAAUUAUUCUACAAAAUUAUUAAAAAAAAUUAUUAUACAAAAUUUUAAUAAAAAAAUUUUAUAAAAAAUUAUUAUAAUCAAUCCAAAAUCGGCAACUUUUGUUCACACCCUAUUUCUAAAGCAUUUUAGUAUUGAUAAUUUAUGCUUAGUUAAACCCAUGACUCGCCGCUCUCCUAUAUUAUACUAACCACUCUCAUACGCACUCUGUUUUGUAUACUUUCUUGUGCUAAAUUAUAAAAGUUUUAGUUUUUAAUUCUGCAUAAUUAGAAAGUUUAAAAUUUUUAUUUGUUUGGUUCCAACUUUUGUAUUAAACAUUUACGUUUAUUUCUUAGUAUUAAAUAUAGUGCUAUUCGUUUUUGUUAAAAAAAUAUUAAACUUUUUUUAAAUUUCUUUAUAUUUUUUUUUUUGAAUAUCUUAAAAUUUUUUUUUGUAUAAAAAGCUAAUUUUCAAGCUAAAAAAAAUUUUGAGUUUUUAUUAAAAAUUUUAUUUUAAAACUAAUUAAACUAAAAAUAAUUCUGAUUUUUAUUAAAAAUUUUAAUUUUAAAUAUUUUAUAAAAUUACAUUGUAUAGUAAAAUUAUUUUUAAUGCACUCCCUCAAGAAAACACAAAACAACAAAAAUUAAAAUUAAAAAAAAAAAACAACAACAUAAUGAUAAAACGAAGUAGAGCGCAUUUGUUGUAAUUGAUUUAAGUAUUGAAAUUUGAGAAUUAUAAAUUUGCAAAAUUCCAAAAUUGCAUGACUGUGAGUAAUUAAGCAUGUGGAUUGAUAUUUUCUAAGCCUAAUUUACAUAAACACUACACAUAUACAUAUGGUACAUACAUACAUAUUAAAAAAA